AUGGCUGGCAUGUCGCAGAAACCACCCAGUAUGUACUGGUGUGUGGGGCCGGAGGGAUCAGCUGUGUGUCCAGAACGCGCCAUGGAGACGCACAAUGGUACCAAGGACAUGGGCAGCAAGCUGUCUACGCCAGGCGGGGACUCCACGGCUCCGCGGUCCCCCAGGAUGGAGAGCAUUCACAGCACUUACAAACAGGGAGACCUCAGCAGGGCCCGUGACCUGCUCAGGGAGGCCUGUGAGGACAGCACGUCCCAGCUGGAAAAGGGUCAGCUCCUGAGCAUCUCGGCAGCCCACGGGGAUCUAGAGGCAGUCCAGUAUCUACUCACCGAGAAACGCGUAGAACUGCCCACGGAGCCCACCGAUGACAACCCCGCCGUGGUGGCCGCGCAGCUCGGGCACACUGAAGUUGUACGGGAAUUGCUCGAGUCCUUAGCAGGUCCCUCCAGCCCCCAGCGCCUGCUGAACUGGAUGCUGGCCCUGGCUUGCCAGCAGGGGCACCUGGGCAUCGUGAAGCUCCUGGUCCUGACGCACGGGGCCGACCCCGAGAGCUACGCCGUCCGGAGGAACGAGUUCCCCGUCAUCGUGCGCCUGCCCCUCUACGCGGCCAUCAAGUCAGGGAAUGAAGACAUUGCCAUAUUCCUGCUUCGGCAUGGGGCGUUUUUCUGCUCCUACAUCCUCCUGGACAGUCCCGACCUCAGCAAGCUUCUCCUCAGGAAGUAUUUCAUCGAAGCCAGCGCCCUGCCCAGCAGCUGUGCCGGCAAAACGCCACUUCGUGUGAAAUGGUCCCAUCUCAGGUUGCCCUGGGUGAAUCUCGACUGGCUCAUAGACAUCUCCUGCCAGAUCACGGAGCUCGAUCUCUCUGCCAACUGCCUGGCUUCCCUCCCCUCCGUCAUCCCCUGGGGACUCAUCAACCUGCGGAAGCUGAACCUCUCAGACAACCACCUGGGAGAGCUGCCCAGCGUGCAGUCAUCAGACGAAAUCAUCUGUUCCAGGCUCCUUGAGAUUGACAUUUCCAGCAACAAGCUGUCCCACCUCCCGCCUGGAUUCCUGCACCUCUCAAAACUUCAAAAACUGACAGCGUCUAAAAAUUACUUAGAAAAAUUGUUCGAAGAAGAAAGCGCCACCAACUGGAUUGGUCUGCGGAAACUACAGGAACUUGACGUAUCUGACAACAGACUGACAGAACUCCCCACCCUUUUCCUGCAUUCUUUCAAGUCGCUCAGUUGCCUGAAUGUCUCCAGAAACAAUCUGAAGGUGUUUCCAGACCCCUGGGCCUGCCCUCUGAAAUGUUGUAAAGCAUCCAGAAAUGCGCUGGAAUCUCUGCCAGACAAAAUGUCUAUCUUCUGGAAAAAUCACCUUAAGGAUGUGGAUUUUUCAGAAAACGCCCUGAAAGAAGUUCCCUUGGGACUUUUUCAGCUUGAUACCCUCAUGUUCUUAAGGGUACAGGGAAACCAGCUGGUGGCCCUGCCUCCUCAGGAGAAGUGGACCUGCAAACAGCUCAAAACCCUGGACCUCUCCAGAAACCAAUUUGGCAAGAGUGAAGAGGGACUCAAAACGAAGCGCAUUUCCUUUUUCACCACCAGAGGCCGCCAGCGUUCAGGGACCGAGACAGGGUGUGUGCUGGAAUUUCCGACCUUCCUAAGCGAUUCCCUGGAAGUCCUGUGUCUGAAUGACAACCACCUGGACGCAGUCCCGCCCUCCGUUUGCCUGCUGAAGAGCUUAUCAGAGCUCUACUUGGGAAACAACCCUGGCCUCCGAGAGCUCCCGCCUGAGCUGGGGCAGCUGAGCAACCUGUGGCAACUGGACGUGGAAGACUUGAGCAUCAGCAAUGUGCCUGCGGAGAUCAGGAAAGAAGGCCCCAAGGCAAUGCUGUCUUUCCUGCGAGCUCAGCUGCGGAAGGCAGAAAAGUGCAAGCUGAUGAAGAUGAUUGUCGUGGGUCCCCCCCGCCAGGGCAAGUCCACCCUCCUGGAGAUCUUGCAGACGGGCAGGGCCCCCCAGGUGGCACACAGCGAGGCCACCAUCAGGACGACCAAGUGGGAGCUCCAGAGGCCAGCAGGCUCCAAAGCCAAGGUUGAGUCCGUGGAAUUCAACGUGUGGGACAUCGGGGGCCCCGCCAGCAUGGCCACCGUGAACCAGUGCUUCUUCACGGACAAGGCCCUGUACGUGGUGGUCUGGAACCUGGCGCUGGGGGAGGAGGCUGUAGCCAACCUGCAGUUCUGGCUGCUGAACAUCGAGGCCAAGGCCCCCAACGCCGUGGUGCUGGUGGUCGGGACACACCUGGACUUGAUCGAAGCCAAAUUCCGAGUGGAGAGAAUCGCCACUCUGCGCGCCUACGUGCUGGCCCUGUGCCGCUCACCCUCGGGGUCCAGAGCCACCGGCUUCCCGGACAUCACUUUCAAACACCUGCACGAGAUCUCGUGCAAGAGCUUGGAAGGCCAGGAGGGGCUGCGGCAGCUGAUCUUCCACGUCACCUGCAACAUGAAAGACGUGGGCAGCACCAUCGGCUGCCAGCGGCUGGCAGGGAGGCUGAUCCCCAGGAGCUACCUGAGCCUGCAGGAGGCCGUGCUGGCGGAGCAGCAGCGCCGCAGCCAGGGCGAUGACGUGCAGUACCUGACGGACAGGCAGCUGGAGCAGCUGGUGGGGCAGACACCCGACAACGACAUCAAAGACUAUGAGGACCUGCAGUCUGCCAUCAAUUUCCUCAUAGAAACAGGCACGCUCCUGCACUUCCCCGACACCAGCCACGGCCUGCGGAACCUCUACUUCCUUGACCCCAUCUGGCUGUCCGAGUGUCUGCAGAGGAUCUUCAACAUCAAGGGCUCCCGCUCAGUAGCCAAAAAUGGAGUGAUCCGCGCAGAGGACCUCAGGAUGCUGCUGGUGGGGACGGGCUUCACACAGCAGACCGAGGAGCAGUACUUCCAGUUCCUGGCCAAGUUCGAGAUCGCCUUGCCCGUCGCCAAUGACAGCUACCUCCUGCCACACCUCCUUCCAUCCAAGCCUGGCCUGGACACUCACGGCAUGCGGCACCCGACCGCCAACACCAUCCAGCGGGUGUUUAAGAUGAGCUUCGUGCCUGUCGGCUUCUGGCAAAGGUUCAUAGCACGGAUGCUGAUCAGCUUGGCCGAAAUGGAUCUGCAGCUUUUUGAAAACAAGAAGAAUACUAAAAGCAGGAACAGGAAAGUCACCAUUUACAGCUUUACAGGAAACCAGAGAAACCGCUGUAGCACAUUCAGAGUGAAAAGAAAUCAGACCAUCUAUUGGCAGGAAGGGCUGCUGGUCACUUUCGACGGGGGCUACCUCAGUGUGGAAUCUUCUGACGUGAACUGGAAAAAGAAAAAGAGUGGCGGGAUUAAAAUCAUUUGCCAGUCGGAAGUGAGGGACUUCUCCGCGAUGGCAUUUAUCACGGAUCAUGUGAAUUCUCUGAUCGAUCAGUGGUUUCCUGCCCUGACGGCCACCGAAAGUGACGGGACCCCACUCAUGGAGCAGUACGUGCCCUGCCCUGUCUGCGAGACGUCAUGGGUUCAGCAUGCUGACCCCAGUGAGAAAUCGGAGGGCGUGCAGUACUUCGACAUGGAGGACUGUGUGCUGACAGCCAUCGAGCGUGACUUUAUCUCCUGCCCCAGACAUCCAGACCUCCCGGUGCCGCUCCAGGAGCUGGUGCCUGAGCUGUUCAUGACCGACUUCCCUGCCAGGCUUUUCCUGGAGAACAGCAAGCUGGAGCACAGCGAGGAUGAGAGCAGCGUCCUGGGCCAAGGCGGCAGCGGCACCGUCAUCUACCGUGCCCAAUACCAGGGCCAGCCUGUGGCUGUGAAGCGAUUCCACAUCAAGAAAUUCAAGAAUUUCGCUAAUGCGCCAGCAGACACCAUGCUGAGGCACCUGCGGGCCACGGACGCAAUGAAGAACUUCUCGGAGUUCCGGCAGGAGGCCAGCAUGCUGCAUGCCCUGCACCACCCAUGCAUAGUGGCACUUGUUGGCAUCAGCAUCCACCCACUCUGUUUUGCCCUGGAGCUCGCCCCACUCAGCAGCCUCAACACCGUGCUGUCUGAGAAUGCAAAAGAUUCUUCCUUCAUGCCUCUGGGACACAUGCUAACCCAAAAAAUAGCCUACCAGAUUGCCUCAGGCCUGGCCUACCUGCAUAAGAAGAACAUCAUCUUCUGUGACCUGAAGUCGGACAACAUUCUGGUGUGGUCCCUGGAUGUCAAGGAGCACAUCAACAUCAAGCUGUCAGACUACGGGAUCUCACGACAGUCCUUUCACGAGGGCGCCCUGGGUGUGGAGGGCACGCCAGGCUACCAGGCCCCAGAGAUCAGGCCUCGCAUCGUGUAUGAUGAGAAGGUAGAUAUGUUCUCCUAUGGAAUGGUGCUCUAUGAGUUGCUGUCAGGACAGCGUCCUGCACUGGGCCACCACCAGCUUCAGAUUGCCAAAAAGCUGUCCAAAGGCAUCCGCCCUGUCCUGGGGCAGCCAGAGGAGGUGCAGUUCCAUCGACUCCAGGCGCUCAUGAUGGAGUGCUGGGACACGAAGCCGGAGAAGCGCCCACUGGCCCUGUCCGUGGUGAGCCAGAUGAAGGACCCGACCUUUGCCACCUUCAUGUAUAUGCUGCCCUGCGGGAAGCAGACGGCCUUCUUCUCCUCCCAGGGCCAAGAGUACACUGUGGUGUUUUGGGACGGGAAAGAGGAAUCCAGGAAUUACACGGUGGUGAACACAGAGAAGGGGCUUCUGGAAGUGCAGAAGAUGACCUGUGCCGGCAUGAAGCUGAGCUGCCAGAUCAAGGUCCAGAGCUCGCUGUGGACGGCCACCGAGGACCAGAAGAUCUACAUCUACAGCCUCAAGGGCAUGUGCCCCUUGAAUGCACCCCAGCAGGCCUUGGACACUCCGGCUAUCGUCACCUGCUUCUUGGCAGUGCCUGUUAUUAAAAAGAACUCCUUUCUGGUGCUGGCGGGCCUGGCUGAUGGGCUUGUGGCCGUGUUUCCCGUGGUGCGGGGCAUUCCGAGGGACAGCUGCUCCUACCUGUGCUCACACACAGCCAACAGGUCCAAGUUUGGCAUCCCAGACGAAGAUGCGCGGCAGAACCCCUACCCGGUGAAGGCCAUGGAAGUGGUCAACAGCGGGUCAGAGAUCUGGUACAGCAAUGGGCCAGGCCUCCUCAUCGUCGACUGCGCAACCCUGGACAUCAUUGGGCGGCUGGAGCCCUAUGCCGCCCCCUCAGUGAUCACAUCAGUCGUGUGUAGCUCAGACUGCAGAGGGGAGGAAGUCGUCUGGUGUCUGGACGAGAAGACCAACUCCUUGGUGAUGUACCAUUCAGCCACCUACCAGCUGUGUGCCCGCUACUUCUGUGGAGACCCCAGCCCCCUCAGGGACAUGUUCCCCGUGCAGCCCUCGGGUCCCGAACCCCUGGACAGUCAUCCGGCCUGCCCAAAGAAGCCCGAGGGAGACUGCAUCGCAGACGUGAGCAUCAUGUACAGCGAGGAGCUGGGCACACAGAUCCUGACCCACCAAGACUCGCUCACCGACUACUGCUCCAUGUCCUCCUACUCCUCCUCCCCACCCCACCGGGCCACCAGGUGCCCCUCCAGCCUGCUCAGCUCCCCGGCCAGCUGUUCCAGCGUGCCCUUCUCCACAGACUGCGAGGACUCCGACCGGCGGCAGGAGCCUAUCGCGGCCUCCGACAGGUCCGAGCACGACCUGAGCCCCAUGGACGGGGAGCCCUUCAGCCAGCGCCUGCAGGCCGUGAAGGUGCUUGCUGUCAGAGACCUCAUUUGGAUUCCAAGGCACGGUGGAGAUGUUAUAGUCAUCGGUCUGGAGAAGGAUUCGGGUGCCCAGCGGGGCCGAGUCAUCGCUGUCUUGAAAGCCCGAGAACUGACUCCACAUGGGGUGCUGGUGGACGCAGCUGUGGUGGCAAAGGACACAGUGGUAUGUGGCUUUGAAAACGAAAACACAGAGUGGUGCCUGGCUGUCUGGAGGGGCUGGGGCACCAGGGAGUUUGACAUUUUCUACCAGUCCUACGAAGAGCUGGGCCGGCUGGAAGCUUGCACACGCAAGAGAAGGUAAUUCCUGCGGAAGAAGCGUACUGUGACCUGGCCAGCCCAGGCCGUAGCCUCCCUGCCCGCUGCAGUCCCUGAGGACCCAGAAGACUGACGGAGUUUUCACCUAACCCUAUGCUGCUAAGAAGUGCUGGGAAAUUACCUGUCUGGUGGCGGGUUGGGAGUUCUCAGGUUCUGCAGGGCAGUUACUUGGAUCCCCCGCCUCCCUGUGCUGGUUUUACAGCCCAAGGGAACACGGUGGGGUCUUCUGGAGGCACCUCCUCCUACCCCUCCAUCAGUCUAGGAGCAAGGGAGGGGAGUCCCAUUCUGGGCUGGGUCCCACAAAAGGAGGCAGGUCCUCCGUGGCAUAAUGGACCCGCCCGGUUUGCAGCCCCAAGUUUCAGAUGGAAUUACACUAGAGACUCUCAGUUAAGGAGCAGUUCAGGCGGGGCCGGAGGAGGGCUAUGGCCCCUGCCCCUUCCCCUCAGCACUCCAGUCUCUCAGCCCAUUUCACAGGCUCCAGAGUCCCCAGAGCGUGGGGCCCGGCAUGGGCCAGCCGAGAUCAGAUAUCUCCCGCUCAGCGAAGUCUCUGUGUGGGAAACCCCCGUAAGGACACCGGGCAAUGAAUGAGUUUCUUUGAGUGCCGCAGCCGGAAAGCCCAGUGCGAGAGUGCCCGCUCGCCCUUACAUUCUUCUCUCGCCAACAAAAGGAAGGGGAAACCCCAUCCUCGGCACCGGAGAAAGGGUCUUGUGUUUAUAGCUUGGUAAAAUAAACCUCGACGCAGCUGGAGCACAAGCCCUGUUUGUUUGCACAUCAUAAUCUUGUUUAUCACUUUAACAAAUUAAGUAAUAUCUCAGCGGUUAGGCCGCCGGUUGUGAAAUCACAUCGUAUGGGGCUUAUACCAAAUUAUGUAUUUGCUAAACACCUACUGCACACGUGGACGGCACACUGCACAAGGCGAAGUUGUUCACAGGGGCACAAAUGGGCACAACAGCGAGCAUUUGUGUAAACCGUGCACGCACACACGUGUACACAUAGCCACAUCUCUGCCAAGAGUGAUCGUUUAUGGCUGCUUAAUCUAGGACGCGGGGUUUGAACGUGAGCUCAAACCCUGCCUCAAGCUCUUAAAGCUUUUCGAAAGUUAAAUUAUAGAAAUCAAACUUGAGAUUGGCUGGGGUGUGCAGGCAGAUGUGACUCCUUUUAUCUGAAAAUAAACAGACUCUCAAGAAUGCA